CAGCAAGGAGGGACUGGCUGGAGUUGGUUCUCAAUGUGUUCCUCUGCUACUCUACGACAAUACGUGAAUGAUAAUGGACCUCUGAUACUGGAUGGUGGACUUGCAACUGAGCUGGAGGCGCAAGGAGCCGAAUUACAGGGAGAUCCUUUGUGGAGCGCCAGGCUUUUACAUACUAAUCCCCAAUUCAUAAGAGAUGCUCAUUACAGGUUUCUCCUCAGUGGUGCUGAUGUUAUCACCACAGCCACAUACCAAGCAAGCAUUUCAGGAUUUAUCAAUCACCUGGAUGUGAGCUCUGAAUGUGCCAGAGAGCUGCUGAUGUCUGGAGUUCAUGUAGCCAAAGAGACAGUGGAGAGAUUUGUCUCUGACAGUCACUCAACAGGGCAAAGGUAUCCCAUGGUGGCAGGCUCUGUUGGCCCGUAUGGCGCCUCUCUGCACAACGGUUCAGAGUACACGGGGGCUUAUGGAGAGCAGAUGAGUAUUGAAGAGUUAAAAGUUUGGCAUCGGCCACAAGUCGACUGCUUGGCAGCAGCAGGAGCUGAUCUCAUUGCUUUUGAGACAAUCCCAAGUAUCAAAGAGGCUGAGGCUCUAGUGGAGCUGCUCAGAGAAUUCCCAAACUCUAAAGCCUGGCUCUCCUUCUCUUGUAAGGAUGGGAAGUGUAUAUCAGACGGCAGCUCAUUCACAGAUGCAGUCCAGAUUGCUAAUAGAUCCAAGCAGCUGGUCGCUGUAGGAGUCAACUGCUGUCCUCCAACAUUGGUGGAGCCACUGCUGGACUCUGCCAGGUCACUGCUGAGUCCAGACAUGUGCUGGGUGGUCUACCCCAACAGUGGAGAGGAGUGGGACACUGAGCAGGGGUGGCAAACAUCAGGGGAAACAUCAGUUUCAAUUCCUCAACUGAGUCACACAUGGAAAAAGCAAGGAGCUGCUUUCAUAGGUGGUUGCUGCCGUAUUGGUCCCGCUCAGAUAGCAGAGUUAAAACAGCAGUUAAAAGGAAGCUGCACGUCUCCAGCAUCUACAAAGUGACUGAGCUGAAGAUGAGAAUUAAGGCAUAAAAGAAACAUGAGAAAAGGAAUGAUAAAAUAAAGAAAAUGACGUCUUUUCCAGGACUUUAUUAAAAAAAAUCUUAAUUGAUUGGAAAAUAAAUAAAUAAAUAACCCAUUACAUCAAAUCCACGUGAGUACACAAUGAUGUUGUGUCGCGUCAGAGACGAACGGCACCGCGGGGAUGCGAACGAAAAAAAAGUGUAAAAGAACAAAUAAAUGACUCUACAUAAAAAACAUGAAAAUAAAACAUGCGGUCUUCACUGUCUGUGGUUCACAUUUUGAAUGUUUUUCAGCAAUUGAGGGAUUCCACUAUCACUUCUGUACAGCUCCUGUCUUAUUAAAGAAGAAAAAUAAAACUGGGAUAGUCUACGCCAGGGUCUUAGGAUUCACAAAGCACAACAAAACGUCAGCUGCAUUCACAACACUUUUCACUGGACGGCAUUUCCACUGAACUAACCACUUGAACGUCGAGCCCACUCAACCUGUACAAUGAAAGAUGGAACCGUGUUAACUUUCAACAGAAUUUACAGCAAAUGUGUCAAUGUAGUGUGUCUGCUAGCAUUCACUAGUUGAGUAUAAUGCACACGCCUGCAGUGUGUCUGCAGUGUGUGUGAGGAGAUGAGAUAUAUAACCAUAAUUCAAUUCGGAGAAAUGUGCACAUGAUUAACACCGGAAUGAAGGGAAAACAAUCCUGUAGUGUGACUAUAACAUGUAAAAAACACCUUAUCUUUAAAUACGGGGGUGGACAAAAUAACAGAAACACCUUACAUUGCAGUUACGUUAAAGUUAAUACCGCCCGGUCUAAUAAAGCUUGUGUCAGUUUUAAAACUAAGAGCUUCUGCUUCAACUCAAUGCUCAUUUUUGAGGCCAGAAUUUGAUGUGCUGUUAAGGAAAUACCCUGUCUAGAAACUGUUCCUCUUUGUCAGUGCAUAUUUUUUUUGCCUUGCUGUUUGUCAUCAUGACCUUUGGGACUUUUCUCCCUUACUUUUAGAACUAAUUUAGUAAACUAAACUAGUUUUCCGCCUUAAUGUGCAGCAUAGAAAGCCAAUUUAUAAAGGCGGUGAUAAGAGUUCUAUUGAAGCUAACACACACAGUUUGAAUGAUAAUAUGGUUCACUUGCUUAGCUGCUGAUGUGAUUGGCGUCAAGUAGUUGUUGGUGUGUCAUCUGCAGAUAUUGCCAUAUGACAUAAAAGUCAUAAAAGUCAUGAUUAUUUGAUUAAAAAGACUACAAACUACAAUACAGCCUCAAAAAUGAUAGGUGCAUUGAAUUAACAUCUUGGUGACAUCAUAUAUAUUUU